UCUAUGUAAAUAAAUAUUUCAUGGCACAACAAAGAAAUACCAGACUCAUAAAAAACAAAUUCGAUCAAUGACCACGUUCUCAAAGUUAAUGAUUUAAUCUAGUUUUAUAAGGACCCGAUCCACAUUCAAGAUUUGACUAGAGAACCACAGCAAUCACAUAAAAUUGAACUAGAACAAGUAACACUAUCACAUUCUAUUUUUAGUGCUGUUCCUCUCCCACUCUUCUUUCUUCUAGGGGUGCAGGGGCAAGCUUUAGAGUGGAUUAUUUUUUUUUUUGGAUAAAGCUUAAGUGUGGAUAUUAGUUUGUAUGUGUAUUUAUUGGAAUCAAGAAAGAAAAAUCAAUAAUUAAACAGAAUAAACCAAAUUCAUAGAUGAGAUCCUAGACUACCAAUACUAUAAAAAGUUAAAAACAUUGUAGGGGCUGCCUUAGUUUAAAAUUUGGUUGUGUGCCACUAUAUUUUGGAAUUAAACGCAUGUUUAUUUUGCACAAAGACUGUCAAGUUUCCUGGAUAAUCGUCAAUAAAUUAAUUAAAAUUAAAUCCAAGCAAUUAAUGAAAAUUAUAGACUUAUAGUCAAGUUUCAUGGAAAUAGAAGAUGUUUCUAUAGAAUCACAAGUAAUCUUACGGAAUUGUGAAAUAUUAGAACUAAUCAAAAUUAAUUCUAAGCAAUUACUGACAAUUAUAAUCAGUCAAUUUCAUGAGGCUAAUAUAUACUAAUUAUGUAUCAGGUAAUUAAUAACAAUAUCACUGGUUUUAAUAGUAGUUUACACUAGUUAAUUAAUUUCUUUAAACUCAACCAAAUGAAAUAAAUAAAUAAAUCUGGAAGAUUUGACAUUUUUAUUGGUCCUAACAAAAAUACAAGUUCUUUCUGCUCUAGUUUAUUUUAGAUUUCCCAAUGAUUAGGAGAUGAAAAGGAAAAUAAUGAAGGAGGAAGAUGAAGCAAGAGUAAAGAAAAGGGUAAGCUCUUUAUUAUUUACACUGGCCAACUCAAUGGUGGGAGAGAUCGUAUGGCAAACCCCUGCCAACCCUCCACAACGAAGCGAUUAUAUAUUUCACAAUGGGAGGCGGCACGUUAGACCUUACUACUUCGAGUUCAUUGCUCAUGUUAAAAAUCGGUGGGCCGGUAAAACCAUUGUCGACUUAUUUGCUGAAGAGUUCAAAGGCCGGCCUUACGAGUACUAUGUUGAUGCUGUCAAAUGUGGUCGCAUACAAGUCGAUGGGGAGAUGGUGCCUGUUUCAUAUAUAGUUAAAUCAUCUCAAAAGAUAAGCCAUUUCCUGCACAGGCAUGAACCUCCGGUAAUGGCUUGGGGCGUGAAAAUUCUCAAAGAAGAAGCAGAAGUGCUCACGGUUUGCAAGCCUGCAUCUGUUCCGGUUCAUCCAUGUGGUCAAUAUAGGAAAAACACAGUUGUCGGUAUACUUGAAGCAGAGCAUGGUUUGGCACCUCUAUUUCCUAUACAUCGACUAGACCGCCUUGUUUCAGGACUUCUUAUUCUUGCUAGAAAUGCAUCCAAAGCUGACCUUUUCAGACAACAGAUUGAGUCUGGGCUGGUGAAGAAGCAGUAUAUUGCAAGGGUAGUGGGUGUAUUUCCAGAAGCAGAGCAAGUUGUUGAUGUUAAUAUAAAUUACAAUGCUCGAGAGGGAAGGAGCACAGCGGAGAUGGUUGAUUCUUGCGCUAAUACUCCAAUAAAGGGGAAGGCUGCUCAAACAAAGUUUACGCGCAUCAGUUCCGAUGGAGUCCAAAGCAUUGUUUUAUGUGAACCGAUCACUGGCCGAACUCAUCAAAUCCGUGUGCAUUUGCAAUAUACAGGUUAUCCCAUAGCCAACGAUACACUGUACCUUACAAAAGAAGCUUCAGGUCGUUCCGUGGAAAAAACAACUGCAGAUAGAGCUGCUGCAAUAUCAAACUGUUCUGCGGCAUGUGAUAUUGAAGAAGAUUGUGUUAAUGCACGCGAAGAAAACUGGAGUGAAGAUUUUAGAAUUGAUCCCAUGUGUACAAACUGUCCAAAUUUGGCUCCAAAGGGAUACGACGGAGAGGAAGAGGGUCUGUGGCUGCAUUGUGUUCAGUACUCUGGACCAGGAUGGAUCUACGAAUGCCCAUAUCCACAAUGGGCUUCACUUAAAUAGCCUUUUCACCGACCCUCCAUUCUUCUUGCUUUCGCUAUAUUCGUGCAUCAACAUUGUUAUCAUUACUGAUUACGGCGCCGGACAGUUUACGAAAAAUGUAUUUUGGAAGAGAGUUCCAAUGCCCCAGUGCUUAAAUUAUAAAUUUAGUGCUUGAACAUUUAGAUUUGUAUUAAUUUGGUUACUGAGGUAAAAAGUGUUUAAUAGGUUUUAGUCUUUCAAUUUUGUAUUCAAUAAGUCAUUUAGGGGGUGUUUGGGGAUUCAACAUGAGAUGAUAUAUCAAGGGUUGAUAUAUCAUCUCAGUGUUUGGAGGUCCACUAUUAUCUUACCGAUUUUAAUUAUUUAUAAGCUCAUUUUCGGAACGCGUUUCGUAUCCCACUGUCAUUUUUCUUUCGUGUAUUGUAUGUCAUCGUAGCUCUCAAACAUUAUCUUAACCAAACUCUACAUUCUUAGCUGCUUCAA